AUGUAUCCCAAAGUCGUUGCAUUAUCCGCAGACCGGACGAUUUUCUCGGGAGAUCUUAACGAGAAUACCUGGGGAAAAGGACACGGAGCACAUCCAAAAGUUGAAGACAACAUCCAAAAGGUCAACGAUCAUGUAGUACAAGACCGAACCAAUGCAAACCAUAAAUGCGAGCUUUAUCCUGCCGUUCCACGAAUCGUGGGUGACAUCUUGAAGAACGGUGCAAAGCUCGCCAUUGUUUCACGAAACUCGAGCAGAGAUAUGGUAGACAGAGCACUCUACUACUUCAUGGUCAAGGAUCAGCACGGAAAAGAUCGGCGGCUCAUCGAGCUAGUCACCUAUGAUGAGGUGUACGACCAGCAUAAGACGGUCCACUUUCGCAACAUUCACACCUAUGGCGUCGCCAACAAUGAGACGUACAUAUCUAUGAUUCUAUUCGACAAUAUGAAGCAGAGCACCCGCGUCGAAAUGAUGAAAGGCGUGACCUACCAGUGGUGCCCUCACGGGUUAACUUGGAAUAUGUACAACGAAGGAAUUGCCACCUGGCGCCGUAUGAAAGCUCAUCAGCUUCAUUGGCGGGGUCUUCAGCUCGAUGCCUACCCAAAGCAAAAAUUGAUUGGGUAUUCCGGGAUGGACAUCGGCACCAUCGAACUUCUUGAGAAGGGCGGUAGGCGUCUCGACAGGAAGGAGGCCGCGCGAUGGGGAUAUGCUAUGUACGUUGCAGACGACCCCGUCGUUGCAAAAUAUUUCUCCGACUGGAUCAAAGCCACUACUUUUGGUCCUCAAGCGAAGACCAUUGUCUGUGAGAUACACGCUAGAGAUGGUGACUUAUGGGAUAGUAUGAACAAGAUCUGGGUACCUGAUAAUCGACAUGAUCUCAAGACCGACGUCGAUCAAGACGAACUGACCGUUGCGAAGAGUGAACUCACACGCGACAAACAGGUUAUCGAAUGGGGUGUUCAUCGGCCAUACGUACUGUUUUCCAGGCAUCCUAACAUGGGAAAACGGGAUGGACUCCAGUUCCCUAUCCCUAAACCACAGCGUUUUAACGAGCUAGUCAUCUAUGGCCAGACGCAGGAAACCCUCAUCGUCAUCAAACGUAUGACCGACGCCCAACUCAACCAAGCCAUCAGGAAUAAGGUGAACCUUCAGUACGAAAACAAGAUUGCUGAAUGGAAUAUCACGAUGCCCGAGGAGACGAAGGCGGAUUUCCGGACACAUCAUGAACAUUACUCUUAG